GUCCAACGUCGAGUAACUGGCGGCGGCUGAGGCAGGCGCAUAAUUGUUUUUUUGCCCCCUGAGCGAGUUCCCCCAUUUUCCUCUUUGCAGCGAGAAGCACAGUAGGAACUCGCGUCCGAUGCUCACAGUUAUGUCGGUGAGCAGUGCUCCCAGAAGCAGCACCAAGCCUAAGAAGGAGCGGCGGCUCCGCAAGCGCCUACGCGCAUGUCUUCCGCACUUCCACGCCACGGAGUCUGAAACAGGAGCGGUCGAGGAGGUACGAGGCAGCGAGUCCGCCACAGUCAAGAUGCCUGCCCGCGCAAGCGUCCCCACGCCCGCUCGCAGUACAGAUCUCGCCACCAUGAACCACUCGUGGUCUGACACGGAGGAAUUGUCCCCCGUGUCCGUCAUGCUGGGCCAGUCCAUGCGCAAGCGCCGCCAACACAGCUCGUCCGGGUGCUCGUCUCCAGCGUCGGUCUCUUCAUCAUCUUCCUCGACGUCAUCAACAUUCUCAGUAUCUCGUAAGGGCGUCACGUACGGCCACGACGGCGCACUGGUUCACUGCCGCUUCUGCGAGAUCCUGGAGUCCGGCGACGAGCCCUUCCUUUACGAGGACGAGGACAUAGUGGUCUUCCGUCCCCUGGCCCCUGUGGUCGUCAGCCACAUCCUGGUGGUGCCACGCCGCCACAUUCGCAACGUGAACAAGCUCACACCCGACGACGCGGCACUGCUGCGUCGUAUGCGCGAGGUCGCCGCCAGCGUCCUACGUGAAAUGCCUCGUCCUUCCGUGAUGUUAGCUCCUUCAAAGGCAGAGCGGGCUCACAUCUCAACGGACUCUACGGACGAGGACUCCGAGUCGGACUUUAAGUUCGCCUUCCAUUCACCCCCGUUCAACAGUAUCGAUCACGUUCACAUGCACGCCUUCCGUACGCGUGACGGACGCUUCGGCGCUGUCGGCUCCAUUAAGUAUCGCACAGAGACCUGGUGGUGCCGCUCGUUUGACGAGGUCAUGACUCGCCUGGGUCUCCGCAACCGAAAACAGUGUGGGAGCGACCCAUCGACGGUCAAUUCGGAGACGAAGCACAGAAGGAGACACCACGCCGCGAGCCACCCAACCUGCAGUAACGAGGUGCACUCCAACGAAUCUAUGGUCUUGACGUCGGUCGACAGUCUGGGUUAAUAGAAACAGAGACAACUAUUUAAGAUGAAACAAUUAAGAUCAUCAUUAUCUUCUGAUUGCAAGAAGAUUUCUAUCUACUAUGUAGUAAGUUCUUGUUUACCGUACGCCAGAGAAAGAAUGGAAUCCUUCUACUUGGA